AGCGUUCGCGAGGGGAGGUAGUGCGCUGUGGCCGCUCGCCUUAGUAACUGUUACGAAAAUAUCAGUGGAUUUUGUUAGUGUGCUGACUUUUUUGUGCGUGUGUCAGUGUUUUUAUUGUGAUUGUAAUUGUACUCGGAGUGUAAAGGAUUUUAUGCGCACAGAUGUACUAUGAAGUGAGGUGCGAGUGUUACGUCAUGGUGAAGUGAGGAGACAAAAUGAAGUUGUGGAAGAGCCUCAAGAUUUCGAUCGGCAAAACGGACUCCAAGGGCUACCCACAUGAACUGCCGCAGUGGGGCGGGCAGGGCUAUGAGCUGGACGUAUUCAAAUCGCAGACGUCGCUGUCAACGGAUUCCGGGCUUUGCACUGAACGGGGCUUGAGGCGGACCCACAUAGAGCUGAUCAAGCCUCCUGGGAAGCGAAUAGGACUUAAGCUGGCAGGUCGUUCCGAACCAGGAGUGAUACCAUCGAUAGUGGGCUUUACAAAGGACUCAGUAGCCCAUGAGUCAGACCGUUUGGCUCCAGGUGACAGAAUCUGCAGCGUCAAUGGCAUCUCCACGGCGAGGCUCACGAACGAUGAAGUGCUGCGGUUGUUGGAUAACGUGGAAGAGAGGGCAUCGCUGGAAGUCGAAUACUAUAUGCCUAAUUAUGCGUCUCAAAAUUCCCUGUACAUAACAACGAAGCUUGCUGAAGUUCCUGUAGAAAAGAUAAAUGGGUCCCUUGGAAUCACAAUACGAGGAGGUCAUCCAGAGAACUCCGCCCCUAGUGCUGAUCUAGUACUAAACAGUCGGUCUUUGGAUGCUCAGCCUUUGGUUGUGACGCAUGUCAGACCUGGAGGUGCCGCCUAUAACACGUCUAGAAUUAAACCUGGUGACCGUCUUUUGAAAGUUGAUCAUAUAUCGCUCACAAACAAAACGCUAUCAGAAGUCCACCAGAUCUUACAAAACUGCCCACAAGUCACUAGCCUGACCAUUGAGUAUGAUGUAUCCAUUAUGGAAUCCGUGAAACUGGCCACUGGACCCUUACUGAUUGAAAUUGAGAGGCCGUGUAACGAAGACUUGGGGUUGUUCUUGGGUAAUCAACGAUAUUCCGAUGACGUAUAUAGCUCGGGGUCUGACACGUAUCAACGUGUGGGGAGUUCUAAUGCUAUUUAUAUUGAUAGCAUUCUACCCGCAAGCAUUAGUGACAGAUGUGGGGCCCUUCACCCUGGUGACCAACUGCUGGCUUUCGAUGACCAUGUGAUCGAAGGCAGUAAUUACACUGCUGAAGAAGUGAUGUGUUACCUGGAGAAUAGUGAGCCUGGGUACACUCGGUUGCACAUAGCUCCGAGGCAUAUACUCGCGCACGGAGGCAGAUUUCCUAGAGAAAACUCAAUAUCCGGCACUUUGAACCCUAAGAAACAUCGCCAGCGGUUCCGACAGAGCUCGAUGCCGAAACUGGGUAUCCCUGACGAUUAUGAUAGUCAACAGAACUACAUGAAUAUGGGGAUAUGCCGAACGGAAUCACUAAACAUACAGCUAGAAGUCCCUCCAGGACAAAACAGUGGGUUGGUGGUGCACGAGGAAAACGCAAGUCUGAUCCUAUCACAUAUUGCACCGCAAUCACCAGCUUAUAGAUCUGGCUGCUUGCAAAUCAGAGACCGAGUCAUGUCUAUCAAUGGGCACGAGAAUCUCACCUUAGACGUUGCCAAUGAAAUACUGCAGAGGAGGAAUGAUUCCCACAACCCAAAGUACCUUACUCUAAACGUGGAGUUCAGUAUGCCUAAUACCAUAGAAGCGUCUAGCGGUGUCUUCAAUGUUAAACUUGCAAAAACCACUGCUAGUUUAGGCGUUACAAUUACUGGUUGUAAACAAAAGUUACUUAGCAACGAAGAACCCAUGGUGAUAUCAGAUAUAAAACCAGGGUCCGUGGCACACCGGAGCGGUGCGCUUGCAGCUGGAGACCAGCUAUUGGCUAUCAACGGUCAACCCCUUCAUAAUUUGUCACUGGACACAGCGUUUAACAUUCUUCAAAAUUCUCCAGAAGAUAUAAUAACUCUAAAAAUCCGAAAACGGGAUUUGACAGAAGAUUGGUCGAACAUACAUAAACACAACGCCAAACUAGCACUUCAAAGUUUUAGCAGUGUCGAAACCAAAGCUGUUAUUCAUAGUGAAGAAGAUUCGGGUCAUACGAAUAGUCCUAACAACUGUGGAAAGGAUAGUGGAAGACAUGUUGAAACAGCUGUGUUUAUGGCAGAGAUUAUUAGGCAAGAUGCUAAUGGUCCUUUGGGAUUAACAAUUGCAGGCAGCGAGGAUGUAAAUCAACCUAUUUUAUUAAGUGGACUAAUUGAAGGCGGUCUAGCAGAAAAAUGUGGUAAAUUAGCAAUCGGUGAUGAAUUAUUAAGCAUUAACGGUGAAAGUGUCCUCAACAAGCCAUUAUCUGAAGCAAUCAAACUUCUGCAGCAAAGUGGACAACGAAUACAGAUGCAAUUGUGCAGAAAAGUUACUGGUGGAGCCGUAAUAGACUGCGGUGAAUCCAGCGUUAGGGACUCCAGCCAUUCCACUUCCAGUCCAGGGCUUUCCAAUGAUAGUGCUGUGGAAUCCUGGGACCAAAAUACCCCUGUUCGCACUAGCGCUGCAUGUGGCAAUUCUGAAGUAAUCGAAUACGCGGUACCAGACAAGACUCGAAUAAUAGAUAAGCAACCGUACUCCCCGACGGACGAAGACAAACUUAUGGCUUCCAAUUUUAACACGUUCGUCCAAGAUCUGCCUUUGCCGAAUUAUUCGCUCAAUAAUUCACUGAAAACAUUUCAUUACGAGAACACGUGUAUCAUACCUGAGAAUACGAUGAAGAAACAAAACACAAGGGAAGAUGAUGUACAGCAAAUCGAAAUAUUGACUAGCAAUAUGAAAGAUUGCCAACUCCAUAACAUGGAAAGGUCGUCGUGUAAAUGCGAUUACGUACAAAUGGGUCCCUAUAGUAUGGUAACGAAAGGAAGGCGACCCAAUUGGGAUUCUGAUUACCUCAAUAAUGGGAUAUAUACUGUGACAACGCCGCAGAAAUCGCCGAUGAAGAAUGUGGCUGGUUCGAGUUUUCAAUUUUCCAGCCCGAUAUAUGAAAAUGACGUGCCAGGUCUCUACAGCAGCGAAACAUUAUCACCAGCCCGCGGUUCUGUUCAUCACGUGAUUUUGUACAAGGACGCAAUAUACGACGACUAUGGGUUUUCUGUAUCCGACGGAUUGUAUGAAAGGGGUGUUUACAUCAAUAGGAUAAGGAAAGGGGGUCCCGCUGAUAUCGUUGGGAUGUUGAGGCCGUAUGAUAGGAUUCUGCAGGUGAAUGGUACACGAACUGUCGACUACGAUUGCUGCCUAACCGUGCCCUUGAUAGCGUCAGCGGGGGAUCGGCUUGAAAUAGUCGUUCAAAGACUAGCCACUUCCAGGGACCUCAAAAACAUCCGCAUAGAAGACAAUUCCAGCCCCAGUGAAAGUAGCAUAGUGACAAAAACUAUUUAGGGUAUAACCCGACUUUAAACAUUGACACUAAAAUGUGCCAAUCAUAAAGUGAUUCUAGGCAUAUUUAUUUGUGCGUAUUAUAGGUGUAAAAAAUCAGAGUAGGUGCUCAAAGUAAUUUUAUCAGCUGUGUAUAUUGUGCAGUGAGCUUAACGUGGUGAUUAUUAUAAUAAGGUGUGACAUUUUACGACCUUUCGACUUUCAAGCCUAAUAAGUGUGUUUGAUAAUUUCAUAUAAUAUAGUAAAUAAGGGAGAUAGAGAAAUAUAUCACAGAAUAUUAAAUGAUUUGUAAUUCAUUUGUAUGUAAUUUAGAGAUGUAAAUUCUAUAAGUGUUCCUUAUGAUUCCACGAGUGUUUAAUAAGUAUAGGUUAUAAUUGUAAUUGAAUAUUGAUUUAAUUAUUUGAAGGUAUGUUUGUCCAUAGCGACUGUAAAGAAUAUUGAUAGACCUGAGCCAAGAAAUUAUUUAACUAUCAGAAAUUCUAUCAGUACAUUUGUAAACAAAACAAAAGGAGAAAUCGUUGGUCAUCGUUGGUAUGAACCAAAUAUUGCCUUCGACGCAAACAACAAAAACCUCUAUUUUUGACACACAAGAAGAAGACGUCAGUUGCCCUGUUUAUGCCACUGAUAUAGACGGUGUGUUAGUAUAUUAGGUCUAUGGCCUCGGUAAUUACAUACUAGAUACUCCUGUCAGCAUAUAAUCAAAAAGGCUGGUUUGAGUGUCACGCUAACCCAACGCGGACCGUCCGUGCUGACAGCCGAAACGUAUGUAAAGUGAUAAUCUGUGUGUUAUUCUAAAACGCCUCAUAGACAUUUCGGUUUUGGGCACCGACGGGCAGCGUGUUGUGAGCGUCACUCUGAAAUUACCCUCCACGCUAACACCUUCGAGACUGCUGUUGCAAUAAUUGUAAAUCAGUUGUAUCUUUUUUCCCACAUUACAGUUUGUAAGUAGAAGUAUGUUAUCAAACAUUUAUUCACCAACAAAAUCUCAUUGUGACAAUGCAUUUUAUAAAUUAACUUGCCCAGAUAUUGUCGACUGCAUUUCGGUUUGGCUUUCAUCCAACCUGCUAUCUGUAUUACUAAAAUCUUCCAAAAAUAUAGCAUUUUAAAUUGUGUUGUGCUAUAUUUUAAAAUAGAUUCUGGCAACUAUUGUUGAUCUUCCGAAACGUCUGUUAAAUUAUAUUGUGUAAAUAAUUUUUAACUUAUAUAAGUUAUUUUAUUCCAUAAUACGGGAUGAAAAAUUUGGAUAUUGAGUAUCUAGAUAUUAUUUCAAAAAUUAAAUUUUCAAAUGUAUAGCUUUUCCACUUUUACCUACUAGAAUGUAAACACUAGCGGCCUUACCACAAAACAUAGGACUACGAAUAUUUACCACGAACACGCGUUUAAUUAUUAUUGUUUAGUGUUAACAUUGGUUAGGCAAUGUUUUCGUAAAUUUAAUAAAAUAUUAGCUUAUCGUUAUCCUAAUUUCUAUCACUUGCAACUAAUUUACUAUCGUUUAUACUCCGCGCUCAUAAAGAAUCAAAAUUAAAUAUUCAUGUCAUGUAGUGCGAACAAGAUAGAAUACUAAGCAUUCUAACGUUGAAGCGAGACAAAUGCAAGGCUGCAAUUUAAUAUUCGCUUCUUUAUUGGCGCGGGUAGUUCGUAACAAUAACGAUUUUGUAGUAAUGCCGUAAGUCGUAAUAAACUAGUGUACGUACUUAAAUUGUACUUACGUAUUUUAUUCAAUCAUAAUAUAUUUCAUAUGAAAUUUGUAUGAAAAUGGUUGAUCGUUGCUGUUGUAUGGUAAAAUUAAUCAUUAAUUGUUUAUAAAUAUAAAUUAACACAGUAUGUAUGUAUAAAUAAUAUUGUAACUAGUGAUAUUAUUGUUGAUUCAGACUGAUAGUGUUUUUUAUAGGCAAUGACUUUUCCACUACCCGGUAGAAAACAAGUUGAGUUUAUAUUAAUAAGUGCUGAUAAAAUAACAAUUAAUUUUGAUAUGUAUGCCCAAAAAUAAAUAUCUAUUUUAAAAUUCUUAACGUCUAGCUACUGAACUGGCUUGGUUAUUUUGAUGCGUAGAUAGAAUCGUGAAGUCCUCCAGCUGUCGUACGAUUACAUAAACUUAGCGAUGAAGGCGUGAAACUAAAAAAAGUGUGGAAUAUAUAUCAUUAUAUUAUAUUGUUUAUAUAAAAGGGACUGUGUUUUUUUAAUAUAUUGACAAUUUCAUCAAUAACCACAAUAAAUCCGAAAUGUCUUUUAAAUGUGUUUACCAAAACAUACUUUAUUUGAUUUUUUAAUAGACAUUUAUUCAAAUGAAGCAAUUUAUUCUGUAUAUUAAAUAGCUGAUAAAACACAUACACCACAAAAUUUUAAAAUGACGUACACAUACAUUUCAUUCAGAAAUGUUUGUCGACUCUCAUUCAUUCUUUUUUUUACUUUAUUCUGGGUCCGUCACCGUCUAGUGGAAAGGCAUCCAUUUGAUAGAAUCUAAAAAUAGCUUCGACCCUUUGAUGAAAUAGAUUUUAUAUUCGUUUGAAUAUACUUUUAUGAAUACGUUUUUAGUAAAGCUGUCUUAUAUAUUAUAUGCUUUAAUAAGACAGCAAUAUUCAGUUUUGUUGUAUGCUUCCAUCGCUCGUUUACAAUAAGAUAUUUCAUUAGUUUUUGACACCAAAGAAUAAAUGUUUACAUAUUUUUUAUUUUUACUUAAGCUGAAACCAAAGUGCUAGGAUAUUAAUAAUAUGAGACUAAAAAAUUUUUCGUAAAAAAUUUCUUUUCCUGUUACCUUUUUAUUCCUACGAGUCCAAGCAUAGAUUUCUUAAACAAAAACAGUACUCAUAAUACAGUACAUAACAGUAAAAGUUUUUAAAAGGAACCAAUUUCCACAAACUUUCAAUUGAACAUUUAUAUAAAUUUUGAGAUAAUCAGCAAAAAAUGAUUUUUAAUCAAACUCUCCAAUGUUAUUGUGUAGGAAGAUUGGUUGAAUGUAGUUAGUACUAUUGCUAAAUAAAAAGAAAUUUGUGAGUUGAGAGUUUUUAAUAAAAUUUAUUACGAUUCAUAUUGAAUCAAUAAUAUAUUAUUAUACUUUAAAA